UUGUGGGUGUGUCUUCUCCACAGGUGCUGCGAGUGGCUGAGAUGCUGUGGUGGAGGGGAGCCCAGGCCCCGGACGGUCUGGUUGGGGCACCCGGAGAAGAGGGACCAGAGGUACCCUCGAAAUGUCAUCAACAACCAGAAGUACAACUUCUUCACCUUUCUUCCUGGGGUGCUGUUUAACCAGUUCAAAUACUUUUUCAACCUCUAUUUCCUACUUCUCGCCUGCUCCCAGUUUGUUCCGGAGAUGAGACUCGGGGCGCUGUACACCUACUGGGUCCCCCUGGGCUUCGUGCUGGCCGUCACCAUCAUCCGCGAGGCCGUGGAGGAGAUCCGAUGCUACGUGCGGGACAAGGAAGUCAACUCGCAGGUCUACAGCCGGCUCACAGCAAGAGGGACGGUGAAGGUGAAGAGUUCCAGCAUCCAAGUCGGAGAUCUAAUCAUUGUUGAAAAGAACCAGCGGGUCCCUGCUGACAUGAUCUUCCUGAGGACGUCAGAAAAAAACGGGUCCUGCUUCCUGCGGACGGAUCAGCUGGACGGGGAGACAGACUGGAAGCUGCGACUCCCUGUGGCCUGCACGCAGAGGCUCCCCACUGCCUCU